AUGACCUUGGAGCAGGCUUCUCUGAAGUCGUUCAGGUUGAACAAUGUACUUGCUCGUGCCAUAAGGGAUAAUCUAUAUAGGCGACUUUACUCCAGCAAAGCGAGCAUUUCCACACCCGAGAUACAUGAACAGGAAAUCAAAAGUGUUAGCGACUACAAGAAUGGGAAUGAUCGUGAAAAUGUGGUACUUGCUGAUGCAUUAAACUUACUUUCACCUAGAAAGGUUCCUUCAGAUCGACCUAACAUAUCGUAUAAGCCAUCUUUGCUAUCGCAUUUAACGUCUGGGUCGCUUUCCGAACAGAAGCAAUUCUCGGAGGCCAACCUUACCAAAUUGCUUGCCGAUAGUCUCCCUGAGCCUUCGAAUAAUAGGAACUCUGUCAAGGAACAUCUUGAUCAUUUGCUUGCCGGGCUUAACUAUGUAUCUUCUCAUACAAUAGGGGAUAGUUCAGGCGGUGGUAGUGGAGCUCCAUUGGACUUGUUGGCGCUAUCUUCCAAGGAGCUACUGAUAUACAUCAAACUGUUGAAGUCAGAGCAAGCGUUGGUGAAAGCAUUCGAGUUCUUUCACUAUAAUAAUGCCCUCACCCUCAAGAUAACUACAGAAAUACUCUUGAACAGGGCGCUUGUCAAUCUAAACAAAUUACCGGUACAGAUUGAUUCUUUACUUUUGAAUGACACGAAGAGCAACUCCUUCAAGAACUGGAGCAAGGAGGAUGUGAUUUCGCUCAAUAUUAUAUUGCUUAAGAAGUACCAUGACUUGAAAAAACCUCUAUUGAUUAUCAGAAAUUUAAAGGAGAACUUUGAGUCUCAUUAUUUACCUACAAUAGAAGGAGCAGGUGGGACAGAUAGAGUAUGGCUCAGUCCAUUCUACGAACGUAUUAUUUGGAAGUUCUACUUUGAGUACUUGCUGCAAGAUGAACAGUACUAUGUCCAACGGAUUAGCAAGUUGAGGAGUACAAUUUUAAUAUGGGAGUCAUCCAUUCCCUCCAAAUCAAUUGACCUCUUUACAUCGGCAUUUGAAUUUCACAAGCAGGGUUUAAAUCCACUCCAAUUGGCAUUUUUCAAACUUUGCUCAUCGAAGUUGACCAAAUCCUUAAUUCAGGAUGAAUUAAAUAGCCUGAGUCACAAAAUGUCAUCCCCGACGUUAUCACAGUUGAAACAACUUUCAAUCAAGUACAAAAUCUACACGUUCCCUAAGACUACAGAGUCUAUAUCCAUGGAGAGGAAGUCUACAUUGUACCUCUUUAUAAAUGCAUUAGAAUCGAUUAUUCUCGAUGAAUACGUCACAAAGCAGGGGGCUGUAGAUUCAAAUUCUAUAGUGGAGAUAAUGGAACUUUUCAAAGAAAUUAAGGAAUACAAGGAGACAGAACUAAUGAAUAUUAAAGCGGAAAUUGGGAUAAACGAAUGGUCAAAUAAAUUCGUUAAAGGGUAG